CCAGUAAUUAGAUCCAUACAGGAUAAAGGUCCUUUGGAAACUACUGAGCACUGGCCGCAUUACUCACUCUCGUUACUAUUACUAUUAUUAGUUACUACUAUUAUCACCUGUCCAGGAGACCAGGUACCCUAAGCCAAGUGGUGUCACAGGCAGCUCCCAGGAAAGAAUCACUUGACUAAAUGCCAAAGAUCAGGUUUGGGAUCUGCAAUUCAAAACUGCAGUUCGGGGAUAGAAAAGAUUACACGUAGCACAAAACCACCACCACACUAUCCUCCCAAAGCCCCUUCCAGGCAGCUCCAGGGCCAGCCCAGCAGAUCAAUAGCAAUCUGGGGUGCUAGGGAGGGCGCCAUCUGAGUAGUUCGGAUGAACUGAACAUGAUGAGUUGCCGGCUGCUUCCUGAGUCCUUGGGGAAGCACACGCACCAUCCACUUAGCGCUGGAGCCUGGCUGUUCUCCGGGCACUCCUACCCCAUCUUCCUGGCGGGGCUUAGAUGCUCCUGCCUCUUCCACCAGCAACUCUUGCCCUGCAUGCUCCAGGGAGGAUGGAGGCCUCCGGGCACCCCCAGGCCAGGAGAUGCUGCCCAGAGGCCCUGGGGAAGCUCUUUCCCGGCCUCUGCUUCCUCUGCUUUCUGGUGACCUACGCCCUGGUGGGUGCUGUGCUCUUCUCUGCCGUUGAGGAUGGCCAGGUCCUGGUGGCAGCAGAUGAUGGAGAAUUUGAGAAGUUCUUGGAGGAGCUCUGCAGAAUCUUGAACUGCAGUGAAACAGUGGUGGAAGAUAGGAAACAGGAUCUCCAGGGGCAUCUGCAGAAGGUGAAGCCUCAGUGGUUUAACAGGACCACAAACUGGUCCUUCCUGAGCUCGCUCUUUUUCUGCUGCACAGUGUUCAGCACCGUGGGCUAUGGCUACAUCUACCCCGUCACCAGGCUUGGCAAGUACUUGUGCAUGCUCUAUGCUCUCUUUGGUAUCCCCCUGAUGUUCCUCGUUCUCACGGACACAGGUGACAUCCUGGCAACCAUCUUAACCACAUCUUAUAAUCGGUUCCGAAAAUUCCCUUUCUUUACCCGCCCCCUCUCCAAGUGGUGCCCCCAAUCUCUCUUCAAGAAAAAACCAGAACCCAAGCCUGCAGAUGAAGCGGUCCCUCAGAUCAUCAUCGGUGCUGAAGAGCUUCCAGGCCCCAAACUUGGCACAUGUCCUUCACGCCCAAGCUGCAGCAUGGAGCUGUUUGAGAGAUCUCAUGCGCGAGAGAAACAGAACACACUGCAACUUCCCCCACAAGCCAUGGAGAGGAGUAACUCGUGUCCUGAACUGGUGUUGGGGAGACUCUCAUCCUCCAUCAUCAGCAACCUGGAUGAAGCUGGACAGCAGGUGGAGAGGCUGGACAUCCCUCUCCCUAUCAUUGCCCUUAUUGUUUUUGCCUACAUUUCCUGUGCAGCCGCCAUCCUCCCCUUCUGGGAGACACAGUUGGAUUUUGAGAAUGCCUUCUAUUUCUGCUUUGUCACGCUGACCACCAUUGGGUUUGGGGAUACUGUUUUAGAACACCCUAACUUCUUCCUGUUCUUCUCCAUUUAUAUCAUCAUUGGAAUGGAGAUUGUGUUCAUUGCUUUCAAGUUGGUGCAAAACAGGCUGAUUGACAUAUACAAAAAUGUUAUGCUAUUCUUUGCAAAAGGGAAGUUUUACCACCUUGUUAAAAAGUGAAGGGUUCAUUAUCUCUCAGAUGACAGACACUGGCUGAGCUGGUUUUCUUGUGUUGUCUUUCAGGGUCAUGUAGCCUGUCACCUGAGACCCUGAGUCUUGGAGGCAAAUCCCUUAUGAGAGCCGAGUUCAUUCUUGAGGCCCUGCAGAAAUUUGGCCAAUGCCCUUUGUGUCAGGGCAUUAGGAAAAAAACUAUCACCAUUCCCCAAAGUCCAAUUAAUGUAUCUGUCCUCCUUUUUUAAACGCACCACCUCAUGUAGAUGAAGCAACCUUAUGGAUGCCACUGCUUUUCUUGAAAUAUGAGAAACAAAACACCUUUAUUCUUGGAAGUUGUACUUUCAGUUAAAUUAAAAUCUUCCUGAGCUGUUCUUUGUUACCCAAAAAAGAACUAGUGUGAACAUCCUCUUUUCUUGAAUGACUGCAUGAGUGCAUGUAAGACCAGCCCAAUCCCAGCCCCUGUAAAAUACAUAGAUGUUGGGUGUCACCAAAAUGGUAAAGUAGAAGC